CGCCUCGAGCCAGCAGCACACCUGGUUCAAGAGGACGCGGCAGGUAAGUGAGCUCAGGUUGAGACGGUGUGCGCGAGGCGGAGACGGAGCUAAAAGAGAUAAACAGGCAACAUGGGUGAGGCACCAACCACAGAAGAUGGCAUAGUGACACGAUCAGCAGAGUAUGUGGGCUCAUUUCCUGUGGACGACUGCUGUUUGGAUGACCAGAUGGAGCAACUACACACGCAGCUGAAGUCCCUUAAAGUAUGCAAGAGAAGAAGGUCUGUAUCCCUGAAGUUCUCCGUUAAAGGUGUGAAAAUGUACAAUGAGGAUGAAACGACCCUCCUCAUGGCCCACGCUCUGCGGAGAGUCUCUCUGUCCACCGCUCGGCCCGUCGAUGCCCAGUUUGCCUUCGUCUCCCACAACCCCGGCAGCAUGGACGCACAGCUGUACUGCCAUGUCUUUAAGGCGAGGCACGCCCGAGCUGCCCAGUUCUUGAACCUGCUGCUUUGCCGAUGUUUCCAGUUGUCUUACUUAGAGAAGCACCCAGAGGAAGCUCAGGGAGACUCUGUUGGCGAAUUGCCUCAUCGCAGCCCCUCCCUGCUCAACCACGGCUUCCCUCUCAGCGUCAGUGCCCUGGUGUCCUUCAGAAGAGCCCCUUUUAGGGGGUGGUUGCCAGGGACAAAGAAAAGUCAAAAGUCUUCUGAUGACCAGCACAGCAGCCAAGAUGAAGUCUUCCCAACGUCGUCCCCGUCCCUGACGCGCAAGAAAGCCAUCCGCAACAAAGUACUGCGCUCUGGGGCGUACCGCUCCUUCACUUUCACGCCGCUCAAACAACGAAAUGUUCAGGAGCGACUGAGCGCGUCACAAGGAAAGGAGCAAGACAAGACACCAGCGAGGAGGUCCCGAGCUCCGAGUUUGGCCGAGACAGAAGAAGCUCUGGCUCAGGCAGUGUGGUGUUGGGCUGGUAUCGCAACUGACAACAGCUACUCCCUGCUUGUAGACGACGUUCUGGGAUCAUUCCUCCUUUGCCCUCAUCCAAAGAAACCAAAGUGUGGCUCUCUCAUCAUUCGCUUCCCCUCUGGUCUGAUCACACAUCUCAUAGAAAACACUCGUAAAGGGAAAUUCCUGUUGGAGAAAUGCAAGACUGAAUUCAGUUCGUUAGCAGAAAUGAUUGAACACUACACAGAGAACCAGGACGAGCUGCCGUGCCUGCUGAACUGCGCCCGAGUAAACCACUGCUACGAGUGGGAGGAAAAUACCAGAAAACUACCAUCUGUGAAGCUACACAAGAACCUGAACAAAGGCAAAAUUAAAAGUACCCAGAAAAGGAAGGAAUGGGUUUAAACCCUGCCAACCUCUAAGAUUAUAACAUAAGUGACACUUUCUUUUUUUUUGCACAUAUCUUACAUUUUGAAUCACAUUUGAUGUUGUGGGGAGCUUUAAAGUUUUAAAGGUAAAACACAAUGCACCUAUUAGUGUGUUGGCACCUAAUGUACAUAGUAUACAAGUCUUUUCGUCAGGGUAAGGGUACUUGUUUGUCAAAUAUGUAAUAUUUUAAACUUGCUGCUUUUAUGUUUUUUCAGUAUGUUUUUAUAUAUGUGCCUGUAAGGCAUCAGAUGAGCUAUUCAUGUUUUUAAGACGUUAAACUUUGGAGUUUGACAGUAUUUA